AUGGGUUGCAUAAAUUCCAAGCCCGCUGAGGCGGACAGGAACGCUGUUCAGCAGAGUGCUCGCAUAGACCGAGCCCUCAGAAAUGACAAGAAAACGAUGGACCGCACCAUCAAGAUCCUGUUGCUGGGCGCUGGAGAGUCAGGCAAGUCCACCAUCAUCAAGCAGAUGCGGAUCAUCCACAGCCGAGGCUUUCCGGAGGAGGAACGCCAUCAGACACGCGCCGUGAUCUAUUCGAAUGUGGUCAUUGCGUUCAAGGUUUUGUUGGACAUUAUGAGCACCGAGAAUAUCAAGUACGAAAACGAGAAGAGCAAGGGACCGGCGGAACUACUAGAAAGUGCCGACUCUGACGUAGGGUCGGAUGAGGCCUUCUCUGACCGCAAGGUCCGCGACGCCAUGAAGGCUCUGUGGGGUGAUGGAGGAAUCCAGAAAGCUGUUUCGCGCGGUCACGAAUUUGCCCUCAACGACAACUUGCAUUACUUUUACGAAUCUCUGGACCGCAUGUUUGCACCGGGCUGGCUCCCUGAUAACCAGGACAUGUUGCAGGCUCGACUUCGGACGACAGGAAUCACCGAAACUCUAUUCGAGCUUGGGCAGAUGAAUUUCCGCAUGAUGGAUGUUGGCGGUCAACGGUCAGAACGAAAGAAAUGGAUUCAUUGCUUCGAAGGCGUUCAGUGUCUGCUAUUCAUGGUAGCCCUGUCUGGGUACGACCAGUGCCUGGUUGAAGACCAGAAUGCUAAUCAAAUGCACGAAGCUAUGAUGUUAUUCGAAUCUCUGGUCAACGGCGAAUGGUUCAAACGCAAGCCUAUCAUUCUUUUCCUCAACAAGAUCGAUCUGUUCAAGGCCAAACUCGCCAUUUCCCCUGUUUCAAAACACUUCCCCGAUUACAGCGGCUCCAACUCCGACUUCGAUGCUGCUGCUCGCUAUUUCGCCGAGCGCUUCCGCGGCAUCAAUCGAAUACCCGAUCGCGAGAUCUACAUCCACUACACCAAUGCUACCGAUACCACGUUGCUCAAGGCAACCAUGGAUUCAGUACAGGAUAUGAUCAUUCAGAAGAACCUCAACACCCUCAUACUAUAA